GCGCCUUUGUCCCCGCCGGCCCCAUGGAGCGCGCCGCGCCGUCGCGCCGGGUCCCGCUGCCGCUGCUGCUGCUCGGCGGCCUCUUGCUGCUGGCGGCCCGAGGGGCCGCGGACGUGUCCAUGGAGACCUGCUGUGCAGACGGACAUCGCAUGGCCACCCAGCACAGGGACUGCUCACUGCCCUACGUCUCGGAGUCCACCGAGUGCAGGAUGGUCCAGGAGCAGUGCUGCCACAGCCAGCUGGAGGAGCUGCACUGUGCCACGGGCAUCAACCUGGCCAGCGAGCAGGACAGCUGUGCCGCGCCCCGCGGGGACAACGCCAGCCUGGAGGCCGUGUUCGUGAAGAGGUGCUGCCACUGCUGCCUGCUGGGGAAAGCGGCCCAGGCCCAGGGCCAGAGCUGCGAGUACAGCCUCAUGGUGGGCUACCAGUGCGGCCUGGUGUUCCGCGCCUGCUGCGUGAAGGGCCAGGAGACGGCGGACUUCGUGCCUGGGGACGUUGUGGACCUCCGGGAAACAGCUAAGGUCUCUGAGCCGGAGGAAGAGCAAGAGGACCCCUACCUGAAUGACCGCUGCCGAGGCGGCGGACCCUGUAAGCAGCAGUGCCGCGACACCGGGGAGGAGGUGGUCUGCUCGUGCUUCGUGGGCUACCAGCUGAUGGCCGACGGCGUGUCCUGCGAAGACGUGAACGAGUGCAUCACCGGCGGCCACCACUGCCAGCUUGGAGAAUCCUGCAUCAACACCGUGGGCUCCUUCCGCUGUCAGCGCGACAGCAGCUGUGGCACUGGCUACGAGCUCACGGACGACAAUAAGUGCAAAGAUAUUGACGAGUGUGAGAGUGGUAUUCAUAACUGCCUCCCCGAUUUUAUCUGUCAGAAUACUCUGGGAUCCUUCCGCUGCAGACCCAAGCUACAGUGCAAGAGUGGCUUUAUACAAGAUGCUCUAGGCAGCUGUAUUGAUAUCAAUGAAUGCUUAAGUAUCAGUGCCCCGUGCCCCGUGGGGCAGACAUGCAUCAACACGGAGGGCUCCUACACGUGCCAGAAGAACGUGCCCAACUGUGGCCGUGGCUACCACCUCAACGACGAGGGGACGCGCUGUGUGGACGUGGACGAGUGUGCGCCGCCCUCCGAGCCCUGUGGCAAGGGGCACCGCUGUGUGAACUCCCCCGGCAGCUUCCGCUGCGAGUGCCAGCCUGGCUACUACUUCGACGGCAUCAGCAGGACGUGCGUGGACAUCAAUGAGUGCCAGCGCUACCCCGGGCGCCUGUGUGGCCACAAGUGCGAGAACACGCCAGGCUCCUACCACUGCAGCUGCUCCACGGGCUUCCGGCUCUCCGUGGACCGCCGGUCAUGUGAAGACGUGAACGAGUGCAGCAGCAACCCCUGCAGCCAGGAGUGUGCCAACGUCUACGGCUCCUACCAGUGCUACUGCCGGCGCGGCUACCAGCUCAGCGACGUGGACGGCGUCACCUGCGAAGACAUCGACGAGUGUGCCCUGCCCACCGGGGGCCACAUCUGUUCCUACCGCUGCAUCAACGUCCCCGGGAGCUUCCAGUGCAGCUGCCCCCCGAACGGCUACAGGCUGGCCCCCAACGGCCGCAACUGCCAAGACAUUGACGAGUGUGUGACUGGCGUCCACAACUGCUCCAUCAACGAGACCUGCUUCAACAUCCAGGGCAGCUUCCGAUGCCUGGCCUUCGAGUGCCCCGAGAACUACCGCCGCUCGGCAGACACGCUCCGGCAGGAGAAGACCGACACGGUGCGCUGCAUCAAGUCGUGCCGCCCCAGCCACAUGGCCUGCCUGCUGGACCCCGUGCACACCGUCUCCCACACUGUCAUCUCGCUGCCCACCUUCCGUGAGUUCAGCCACCCUGAAGAGAUCGUCUUCCUGCGGGCCGUCACGCCGCUGUACCCCGCCAACCAGGCCGACAUCAUCUUCGACAUCACAGAAGGGAACCUGCGGGAGUCCUUCGACAUCAUCAAACGCUACAUGGACGGCAUGACCGUGGGCGUUGUGCGCCAGGUGCGGCCCAUCGUGGGCCCGUUCCACGCCGUGCUGAAGCUGGAGAUGAACUAUGUGGUUGGGGGUGUGGUCUCCCACCGGAACAUCGUCAACGUCCACAUCUUCGUCUCCGAGUACUGGUUCUAAAGGACAGUCCCGGGCGCAGCCACGGGCGCGCCCCCGGCCACGUCACUGCCACCCCACUUCCGUCCUGCACCUGUCUGCACCGCUCAGACAGCUCUUAGCGCUAUGCGUUGGUUUGUAGCGUUAGGCCGCCGUGUAUUAAGCUGAGCCAGAGGAGCAAGUCCGUCUGUUGUAUUUUGAUGUUGAAAUAAUGAGUCCAGUUGCCCGACUGCCUGGUUGAAAA